AUGAAUGAGUUGCCGAGCCUCCGAGAGAAACUGACACCCCUGGAUGGCUCUCAGACACAGAAGUCUCAGUCAAGGGUUUGGAAGGGAUUCCGCAGCCAGAAGCUUGCUGAAAUUCCAGGGAUGCCUGGGGAGGAGGUGCUGGCAUCUACUCAGGUCACCCUGGAGAAAAAAAAAAAGGUCCUGAUUGAAGAGCAGACAGACAGAGCUCGUGCAUCCAUCGUGAUGGCAACUUUGGAAGAGUUGCCCCUGCCGCCCCCCAAGGAGUCCUUCGCCAAGUCCCCCCAGCAGCGCCAGGCCACAGAGCUGCGUCGCCUGUACAAGCACAUCCACCCGGAGCUGCGCCAGAACCUGGCCGAGGCGGUGGCCGAUGACCUGGCAGAGGCCCUGGGGGACAAGGAGGCCACCGAGGGGGAGGUGCAGUGCUUGCGCUGGAUCUUUGAGAACUGGCGGCUGGAUGCCAUCGGAGCCAAGGAGCCGGUGCCAGGAGGCGAUGCCCACGCCACCUCUGGCAAGUUCGAGGCCCGGGCACCCGGUGAUGUCCAGGCCACCAGGCUGCUAUUCGAGACCCAGCUGCUGGACAGCCUGGGCUCUGGCCAGUCGGUCCAGGGGGACCAAAGUCCCCUGGAACUGCGCUCUGAGCUCCGAGAGCUUAAGGGCGAUGUGCAGAAAACCGUUAGGUUGUUCCAGGCCCAACCCCUGUGUGCGCUCAGGGAUGCAGAUGGUGCCAUGCAUGAGGUCCAGGCAGCCUGCCGGGAGGAGAUCCAGAGCCACGCGGUGAAAACUGCCCGCUGGCUCUUUGAGACACGGCCCCUGGAUGCCAUCCACCAGGACCCCGGCCAGGUUCGCGUUAUCAGGGGCAUCUCCCUGGAGGAGGGCACCCUGCCCGAUGUCAGUGCCGCCCGCUGGCUCUUCGAGACACAGCCACUGGACGCCAUCCGGGAGCUGGAGCUGGACGAGAAGGACUUCCAGCCAUCCCCCGACCUGGUCCCUCCUGGCCCUGAUGUGCAGCGACAGCGAAAGCUCUUUGAGACCCGACCCUUGGACAUGCUCAAGGGGGAUGAGGAGGAGAAGGAGGAGGAGGAGGAAGGGGCCCCCCGAAAGGAGGAGGUGGUCCCUGGGGAUGUGCAGUCCACCCUGUGGCUGUUUGAGAUGAAGCCCCUGGACACACCCAGAGACCAGGUCCAAAUGGGUCACUUGCAGCGGGUGGUGGGUCCCCAAGGGGAUGAGGGGCUCACCUCUGAGGUCUCAAGCCUGUCCCCCUCUCAGAGUGGCCCCCAGAUCGAGGGGGUUAAAGGAGACGUGAAGGCCUUUAAGAACCUUUUUGAGACCCUUCCCUUGGACAGCAUCGGGCAGAGGGAGGCGUGUGGUCAGGGGAGUGUGAGUGGAGCAGAUGAACCCAAGCAUCCUGCACCAUCCCAGGACACUGGGUCACCCGUGUAUGCCCUCCAGGAUGGCACGGGCCACCUCCACGCUCUCACCUCUGUGAGUAGAGAGCAGGUGGUGAGCGGCGAUGUCCAGCGCUACCGAUGGAUGUUCGAGACCCAGCCCCUGGAUCAGCUGAGCAGGAGCCUGAGCACCGUGGACGUGGUGCGUGGCAUCACCCGGCAGGAAGUGCCAACUGGGGAGGUGGGUCUGGCCCGCUGGCUCUUCGAGACCCAGCCCCUGGAGGUCAUCCACCAGCGGGAGCAGCAGGAACGACAGGAGGAAGAGGGAAAAGCUCAGGGCGGCCUCCCACCAGAGACCAUCCCCAAGGGUGAUGUGCAAAAUAUCCGGUGGCUCUUUGAGACAUGCUCUAUGAGCGAGCUGGGUGAGAAACCGGAGGCCAGGGGUGAGGCCAUGGGUGCCACCAAAGGAGAGAAGACAGAGGCAGACGUGCAGUCUUGCACCUGGAUGUUUGCAUCCCAACACCCGGACAAGCCAGAAGAUGCCAGAGAGAGGCAUUUGCAGGUCAACCAGGUGCAGGCCGGGGACGGACAGACAGACCAACAUGUAUUUGAGACAGAGCCAUUGCUGGCUUCGAACCAACCUGGCAGAAAAAGGCUGGUGAGAGUCUGCAGCCGUGUGGAGAUCCCUUCAGGGCAGGUGUCCCAGCGAAAGGAGAUCUUUAGGGCCCUGGAGGCAGGACAAAGGGAGACCCAGACGUCCAGGUCAGUCCCUGAGCCGGUCCCUGCUGGGUCUGUGCACAAGUUCACCUGGCUCUUUGAGAACUGCCCCCUGGGCUCACUAGGAGCUGAGAGCCUCCGAGGUAACACUCUCCAGGAAGAGCAGACCACUGGCCCCUCCGACCACCGAGUCCCAGAGAGGCAGGAGACGGCUGCUGAGGCGACACUGCAGACACUGCAUGCUACACCUGGCGUCCUGCACCGAGGAGGCAUCCUCAUGGAGGUGUGUGGGCCCGGGGAGCUCUGUCUGGCCAAGUUCACGCUCCCUGGCCCUGGGCAGGCAGUGCCCCAAGUCCAGAAGGAGGAAGUGGUGUCGGGUGAGCUCCCGAGGAUAAUCUGCCAAAUGUUACUUCGGACGGAUGUGGCCCGCCAGGGGCGACUGGUGCAGGAGGACCCAUCAGGUCAGCUCCAGAUCAGGCCUCUGAGGCUCCCCACACCUGGCAGCAGUGUGAAUGUAGGGGACAUGGACUCUGAGCUCCAGCAGCUACUGGCUUGCAGCCUCAGGAGCUCAGUGGCCAGAACGGGGCUGGUGAUGCAGGAGACAGAGCAGAGCCUGGUCGCCCUCACCGCUUACUCCCUACAGCCCCGGCCCCCCCACAAGGGCUCCGAAAAGCGCAGUGUACAGCUGCUGGCCAGCUGCAUAGACAAAGGGGACCUGCAGGGCCUGCAGUGUCUGCGCUGGGAGCCCCCAGCUGACUCAAGUCCCGUGCCAGCCAGCGAGGACUCCCAGAGACCGGCCCCCAUGGAAAGCAGCAUCAUCCAUGUCCCCCCACUGGACAUUAGCAUGGGACAGCAGGGAGGCCCAGAAGCCUCUCCUUGCCCUUCACAGGCCACUGUCAAGAUCGCCCAUCUAUCUGGGGAAAGGAAGCAGGAGAGGAGCUGUACAGGCCAGAAAGGGACCAAGUUGGAAGGAUCCAAGGAGACGACCCCAGGGCCUGGGUCCCCUGAUCUCCAGGCCGCUAUGCACAGCCUCCGGAUGGCCACAGCUGAGGCCCAGAGUCUCCACCAGCAGGUUCUGAGCAAGCACAAGCAGGGCCCCAGGCCUGGCCUCCACAGUUCUCCACAAGCACUGGCCACAGCCACAGGGACCACCCAGAGCAACACCGGGCCUAUGGCUGAAGGCGACCCCAGGAUCCCAGAAGCCCCCAGAAAGGUCAGUGGGAGGUCAAAGGCUCUUCCUAGAGGGCUGCCCGGAGGGAGGGUGACUCUUCAGGAUGGUAUCUACACAGCUCACCCUGUGAGGACCUUUGACUCACUUGUGUGUGGCCAGGCCUCCGAGACAAAACCCCUGCUCAGGGCUCAGGAGGAUUCCCACUUAGUUCAAGCUCUGAGUCCAUUUUGGAAAGGACCUGGAGCAAGUCUUGGGCAUGGGGGUUGUGCUCGGAGAGCCUGGGGACCACCAGAGAAGGCCAACGUGGAAGGUGGCCUAGAGGACCUCCCAGCCACGGAGAACCCCUUGAAGGAGUUCCCUCUAGCCCACCACACUCUGGCCUCCGGCCCCCAGUCUGCACAGAUCUGCCCACAGCUCCAUAAUGCCUCUGUUCCUCCUCCUCCUCCCCCAGCUGCUGUGACAGAACCUGAUCCCCAGGGCCCAGCCUGCCAUAACAAGGACUCCCUCCAGCAGGCAGGCAUGCCUUGGCAGGACUCCCUUCUCCACGACCUCAACAGCUCUACUGACCAGAGAAACCCUGAGGAAUUCUCAACAAAGACCCCCAAACUGAAGUCCACCAUGCCCCCAAGAAAGAAGCCUCAGUUGCCCCCCAAGCCUGCACAUCUAAGUCAGCUCCCUCCUCCUCCAUGGCUGCUCAAACUCUCCACUCUACCACCCAGCGCCUCCAAGGAGGUAGAGCAAGGAGACUCCAGAAAAGGUAAGACAAAUGCUGGCUUAGAGCCCCCCACAGCAUGUCAGGAAAAUGUGGUUCCAGUCAGAUGCUCCAGUGGACAGAGACAAUCUAGCCUCAGGACUGUAGGCUCCAAGAGUCAAGCUACUGGCAGCGACAGUAGCCCCAAGCUCUCAGCUCUCGACCAUGACUCUACUUUGCCAUAUCUGGGCCCCAGCCAGCCAGGAGAGAACCCCACAGAUGUAUCCAAGCAUGAAGCCCAGCAUCCCAUCAAGAUGCUGCAAGAAAGCCAGCAUGUGCUACAGGGCUUGCUGAACGAGGCACAGGCCCUGGAAAAUGAGACCUCAGAAAAUCUUGACAUCGCAGCACGUAGAAAGCUCUUUGAGUUGGUGCCUCCACCGAGAGGGGUCCCUCCUGCAUCCCCCAGCAAGCCCGAGGUCUCAGUGGAUCAGGCCUUUGGGGAACUGUCAAAAGUCAGCACAGAAGUGGCCCAGCUGAAAGAACAGACCCUAGCAAGGCUGUUGGACAUUGAGGCAGCUGUGCACAAGGUCCUCAACUCCAUGUCUAGCUUGCAGCCUAAGGCUAACAGAGACCAUUCCCAGGGACCCCCAAAAGACCCCAGUGCCUGCAAGGUCAGUGUCAUGGACACAGGGAGACCCAGGCCCAAUAACUCAAGACAAGAGCUCAGAGAUCAAACUACCCAAAGCAAGGUGGUUUGUCAUCCUGAAGCCCAGGAUCGACACCAACUCGAAAACUCCACAGAGGCCAGAGAUCUUGCUUCAGAACCUUCUACCAGCAGGCUGGAGACACUGAAAGAAGUCUCAGGCCUCUCUCGUGUCUUACCCUCCAUCAGCAAUUCCUCCUUUCCAAUCUCCAUGUCGGUUGAGUCAGCCACAGGAAAGCUUCUGAUGGCGCCCAGGCCUGGGAGCAGUCUUCUUGUUUCAGGGAGCAGCAAUGAUCUGGGUGUGGGACAGGAGAGUGUUGCUGCACUACCGGAGCUCUGCCCCCUCCUUAAUCUCCAGCCCCCUGGACACACUCGUUUUCCAGGACGGGGCGAGCGCCCGGGGCUUCUGGAUCCAGGGACCCGCUUGGGGCCUCCCUCGGGGCGGGCAGAGCUCGGCCGCCGCCAGGGUCAGAGUCCGCGCGAGGCUCCGCGUCGGAGCCAGAACGCCGGGGGGCGUGGCCCGGAGGGGCGGGACUUCGGGCUGAGGGCGUCUCCGAUUCGCUCAGCCGCGACCUGGGGGCGUGUCCGAGUGGCGGGCCGCGAGUCGGGGGCGUGUCCUAAGCUCACGGGGCGGGGCGGGGCUUCAGUCUGUGGCGUAUCUGAUUCGCUCAGCCGCGGCUGGGGGGGUGUGCCCGUGACGCCAGGGCGGGGCGGGGUCGAGUUCUGCGGGCGUGUCUGA